UUAUUGUCACAAAAUUGAUGAUUUAACAUGGAUGCUUAAAAACAUACAAGCUGAGACGAUGAUGCCAGAGAUAUAAGGUUACAUGUUUAAAUAGUGAGGUGUCUAUAUGUGGCACAGACGGGGAGAAUACAUUGAGACGUUAUCAACAGUGAUUCAGCCUUUAUCCCUUUGAAGUUUAUUUUUGCUUUCGAUUAAAACACUGUUUGCUGUUUCUCUGAAAAAGCCCACACAGUUGUGUUUACAAAACAAAACUACGUGGGAAAACAAUCGAGAAUAAUUAGUAUCUCACUGGUUAUUCUCUAAUAUUUAUUCAUGGCCUCAUCUUUCAGGCUGAACAGAGUCAAUGGUCACAAAGACAAUCCAAAGCGUUUUUUAAUAAAUCUAAACACAUUAAAAUAUAAUUUAUAUCUUAAAGAGAUGACUACCAUGAAGUAGAAUACAAUUGAGAAAAAUCAUCUUUUUUUAGUAAUUUGCUUUAAAAGAUUGAAACCCAUUCAGUAGAUUUAUGUGGAGCAUUAAACCAUCUCACAGCCUUCAUCAACAGUUGUCACGUCACCUGGAUCUUCAGUCACGUGAUAAGAGGUGGUUGUAUAUUAGGGAGAAUGAAGAAUGUUUCCUUGUAUCAUUCACUCUAAUCAAGUCACGUCAAAUGUACAAAUACUGUAUUUGUUUCUCUGUCAGACAUGAUUUGGUUGAAGGGACCGGCUGUUGUGUUUUCUGGGAAUGAACUUGUGAAGAAUUUGCAUUCCAGGCCCAGGCCAACGGACCGGCCUACAGUAAAAUGUGGAGGGACAGUGUAACAUUUGCCACAGUUAUGACACAGACGUUGAAGUGUGAGCACCGUGCAGCUGAGUCGCACUCAAUGAGACCGCAUAUCGGGAACGCACAGCUGUGAGUGUGGUCGGCUGAAGAGUGGCAGCUCCACGAUGAAGCAGCACAGAGACCUCCAGGGCCCUCACUUCAGUAACAAGAUUCACUGUGUACAUCAUAGGAGCUUAGCUCAAGGCAUCGUCUAGGUUUUCACUGUUAAAAUGAUCUGUUUGUCAGCAGGAGCAGGUGCUGCCAUGCAACGAUGUGUAAUUUGUGUUAUCUGUUUGACAUCUUCACUUCUUACGUGUUCACCUGGUUUCCCACAGGGUGUCAGUGCUUGUCCUGGGUCGUUGAACGGUUCAUGCACAGAGCAAAGAGGCUGAAAACUGAAGACAAAACAGAAGACGGCCAGGAAAGCAUCAGGCACGCACUUGCAGGCAUGACCGGGGUGGACGAGCUCUCGGACAGCACAGAGGUGGUGGAGAUGGAGGAUGUGAAUCCCACCCAGUUCCAGGUGGAGAAGCACACGUGGGACGGCCUGCGGAAGAUCAUCCACAACAGCCGCAAGAACACGGGCGUGGUCAUCAACAAGGCGCCACACGACUUCCAGUUCAUCCAGAAGGACGAGAUGAGUCCGCACUCCCACCGCAUGUACUACCUUGGAAUGCCUUACGCCAGCAGGGACAACGCUUUGCUCUACUCAGACAUUCCCAAGAAGAUCCGCAAAGAGGCUCUAUUGGUUUUGUCAUGGAAAAAGAUGCUGGAUCGCUUUCAGGCCAGCCCUCACCACGGGGGCUUCUCGCGGGAGGAGGAGCUGCUGCGAGAGAGGAAACGCUUGGGGGUGUCUGGCAUCACCUCCUAUGAUUACCACCGACCCAGCGGCCUCUUCCUGUUCCAGGCCAACAGCAAUCUGUACUAUUGCCGUGACGGCGGAAACAACAGCUUCACUACUUCUCCCAUGGAGCCUGUUGAAAUUAAGAGCCAGAGUUCAGGCACACGCAUGGACCCCAAGAUCUGCCCCGGGGACCCCAACUUCAUUGGCUUCAUCAACAACAAUGACAUUUGGGUGACCAGCAUUGAGACGGGGGAAGAGAGGAGGCUCACCUUCUGCCACAAAGGCAUUGAUAACCCAAAAGACGACCCCAAAUCUGCCGGUGUUGCCACUUUUGUCACGCAGGAAGAGUUUGACCGUUUCACUGGAUACUGGUGGUCACCAGCUGCUCGUGAAGAAUCAGAUGGUGGUAAGACUCUACAGAUUCUUUACGAGGAAGUGGACGAGUCUGAAGUUGAGAUCAUCCAUGUUCCAUCUCCGGCUUUGGAAGAGCGUAAGACCGACGUCUACAGAUACCCACGCGCAGGCAGCAAGAAUCCGGAGAUCAAUCUCAAAAUAGCAGAAAUCCGGACAGACAGUCUUGGCAAAAUUGUCAGCACGCAGGAGAAGGAGCUGCCUGUUCCCUUCACCAGCCUGUUCCCUAGUGCUGAAUAUAUCACCAGAGCCGGAUGGACAAAAGACGGCAGAUAUGCGUGGGCGGUCAUGAUGGAGCGACGGCAGCAGCGUCUCCAGUUGGUCCUGCUGCCUCCAGCGCUCUUCAUCCCUGCACAUCAGGAGGGAGCCAACAGGCAGGAGAGCCUAGAGGCCCUCGGAGACACCGUCCAUCCCUUCAUCAUCUACCAGGAGACCAGCGACACCUGGAUCAACGUGCACGACAUCUUCCACCCGUUCAUCCAAACCAGCGAUGAUGAGAUCAGCUUCAUAGCAGUAAAUGAAUCAAAAACCGGUUUCUGUCACCUGUAUAAGAUCACCUCAGUGUUACAGCAGGGCAGCUACAACUGGGCCACAGGAUACGUGCACUCUGAAGAUGAUUUCAAGUGUCCAGUCAAAGAGGAGGUCACCAUAACCUGCGGGGAGUGGGAGGUGCUGGCCAAUCACGGAUCGAAGCGUUCAUCAAGUCCUCAGAUUUGGGUGGACGAGGCAGCAAAGCUGGUUUACUUUCAGGGAACCAAAGACUCUCCUCUGGAGCAUCACCUCUAUGUUGUGAGCUACGACUCGCCGGCUGAAAUCGUCCGACUCACCAAAUCCGGCUUCUCCCACAGCUGCUCAGUGAGCCAGACCUUUGACAUGUUCGUCAGCCAUUACAGCAGCUUGACCACAGCACCCUGUGUGCACGUCUACAAGCUGCAGGGCUCAGACGACGACCCGCUGCACAAAGAGCCUCAGUUUUGGGCGAGCAUGAUGGAGUCCUCUGGUUUUCCUUCCGACUCCACUCCUCCAGAGAUCUUUAGCUUCACGGGGCAGUCGGGCUUCGAGCUGUACGGCAUGUUGUACAAACCACACCACCUGGUCCCCGGCAGGAAGCAUCCAACUGUCGUCUUUGUUUACGGUGGCCCGCAGGUCCAGUUAGUGAAUAACUCUUAUAAAGGAGUGAAGUACCUGCGUCUGAGCACGCUGGCUUCUCUGGGCUACGCUGUGCUGGUCAUCGAUGGACGAGGCUCCUGUCAGCGCGGACUCAAGUUUGAAGGAGCUGUGAAGGACAAAAUGGGUCAGGUGGAGAUUGACGACCAGGUGGAGGGUUUACACUACGUGGCUGAAAAGUACAAGUUUGUGGACCUGAGUCGUGUUGCCAUCCAUGGCUGGUCAUACGGAGGCUUCCUCUCCCUAAUGGGCCUCAUCCACAAACCGGACAUCUUCAAGGUUGCCAUUGCGGGAGCUCCAGUGACGUUGUGGAUGGCCUAUGACACCGGUUACACAGAGCGAUAUUUGGACACACCUGAGAAAAACCAGAAGGGAUACGAGGCUUGUUCUGUCGCCCUGCACGUCGACAAACUCCCCAAUGAGCCCAACCGACUGCUGAUCCUGCACGGGUUCCUAGAUGAGAAUGUGCACUUUUUUCACACUAACUUCUUGGUGUCUCAGCUCAUCCGGGCAGGAAAGCCUUACAACCUGCAGAUUUACCCCAACGAGCGACACAGCAUCCGAUGUCCAGAGUCCGGAGAACAUUACGAGAUUACACUGCUGCACUUCCUCCAGCAGAACCUCUGAUAAGCCUCGCUACACACUGACCUUAACCUCCUCUCCUUGUCUCCUCUUUCCCUUUCUUCCAUUUAUUUAAACCUGCAUCUUCUUCUCCUUUCUCUCGAUUUUAUGAUAUUACGCUGACUGCAAGCUAUGCCAUACCUCAUCACACCUCAAGAGUUGUGUCGUCAGUCUUAACGGUGCUGAAGCAUUUUAGCAUCAAUAAAUGACGAGAUUAAUUUACAGUUUUUAGAAGCAUCACCAUGAAUGAGUCACUCCCUGAGAAAGAAGUCGUGGAGUCUAAACUCUAUUUUACAGUGUAGGGAAAUCUGCUGGAUUGCUCCUGAACAAACGGGGUCUAUAAAAAACUUAAUUGAUGUUUAGACAGAACUUUGUCAGCAAUGCAACAAGUACAGAAGUGGACCAGCAGCUCUGUUUUACUGUCUCUUUUUCUUACAAUUCCUUUUUUUUUAUUGAACUCUCACCUUUCACGUUUUUCUGGGAGCCGACUGAUGAUCGUCGUCCUGUGUCUGUGAAUAAACACUGGAGUGAUGUUAGCAAACGUAGAGCUCUAUAAGAGUAUACAAGCUCUCAAGCCCCCUUGUCGUAUACUCUGUGCCCUCACGUGCUAUCAUAAAAUACUUCUUAUGUGCUGUGCCACACUUUGCCAGAUCGACCAGAAAAAAAAUCACAUGCCACAUUUGUUUUUUUGCUUAGUGUUAAACCAUAUUUGUAUGAAUUAUUAUGCAUUCAUAAAAGGUGGAACUAUGUAGCGACCUGUUGCUGUUUCACUCGCUCACUCGCUUGCUUAAAUUCUGUGGGGAGCUUCUUUUUCUUCUGCUGCUGCUGAGGAAUUUUGCACAUAUUACAUAUAUUUACCUUGGUGCCAACAAACUGACCUAUGAGAUGAUGUAUGACACAACUGUUAGCAGUCUGAGGUGCCUUGCUCGUAUAGUUUAAAUCAGGGAAUCUGUCUGAGGACCUACGACAAUAAAAUGCCUUGUUACGCAUGUGUCUGAUGAACAUCUGUCAGAUGAGCUACCGUCACCUGUUCAUGGUUAAAUGUACUCAGAUAAUGUAGAAAUAAACUGAAGUGGACUUUUUUUUUUUUUUUCUUUUCCCCCCCAAAAGUCUUGUCACCAAAUGAAAAGUAAACGUUUUUUGUUUUUUUUAAAGUAUUUUAAACGUAAUUUUUUUUGGUAAAAUAUCUGAAGAUUCCUCUGACGGUUCAGGCAGUUGGUAGAUAAACAGUGUGAGGCCUUCUGAUGUUUGAGUUUAGGGGAAAGGAGAUGAAAAUGACAACAUAAACCAAUUACACCAAACUCAAUGAAAUGUUAGAUUCAUGAACGGAAUGGAUACAUUCACGGGGCUUAUGAGCACAACUCUGGUCAACAUGGACAAAAGUCAAAAUGACUAACUCCAAAUCAAAAAAUACGAAUCACCCUAAUGCAGCAAGAAGACUUAUUUCUAUAUAAAUAAGAAAUUGCACAGAAGUAAAACACAGGCCCAGCAAGCCAUUUCACAUUAAUAACAAAGUGAGAAAAUCCUCUUAAGAAACAUAUUUAGAGAGAGAUCGACUGUUCCAUUAAUCUCAUCCUGAUACAAAAUACACUUGUGAGCUUUCUGUCUCUUAAUUGAACACAUCGGUGGUCUUUCUCAUUUCCCCAGCAGGGAGCAGUAGUUUAAAAGAAACUAUUUUCAACCCCUUUGUCCAAUAUGUUAAACAAACAUCACAAUGUGCCAAAUAUUGUAACGUAAUAAAGAAUGCCCUGAAGAGCAUUCAUUCAAAAUCAGAUUUCAAGCGACUCAUGUUAACCAUCUACAAACGGCUCAUUUACAUUUGUGUUUAUUUACAUCACCCCACAGAUGUAGGAUUCUCCAGUAAGAGGCAUUGUUUUCAAUAUAAUCAUGUACAGUUUGUGGUUUAUUUUGACCUUUUUAUAUAGACUCAUUAUGAAAUGCGUAACUCAUACAUGUACGUAGACGGUCAUUUGAAGAACUUGAAGUGUAAAAUGUUUCUUUGUAUGGUUUUUCAUUUUAUUGAGAAGAAGUUUGCUGUUAUGCCUUCAAGCAAGAAGAAAGAACCAAGACUUAUUAAACUUUCAAAAAACUUUAUUCUCAUCCACUUCAUAUAAAUGAAAUAUAAAAUGUUGUAUAAAUGAUGUAGAUAAUAAACUGUAGAACUACUGAAAACACAUGCAGUAAGUAUUACAAAAAAAGCUCAAGAAGCCCUUAUAAAGGGAAUAAACAACUGUCAAUAUGACUGAACAUGUCCACUGUGACACUUAUUGAUCGUAUGGCACAGCAUAGAAAUAUGUGAUGAUCCUGUUCGGAGAGAUCAUUAAUUAGUAUUAAAUAGAGUCGUGUUUUCUUUGGUCCUCUGCUGUUUCAGGCAGACUGAUCUGCUUAUUGUUUUAUUGUGGCGGGUGCGAUCUUCAGAAGCGUGGCCUUCACAGAGUGGCUUUGUCCCUUUGUGGACGACCAGAACAUCUCUUGUCUUCUGGACCGCUGCCGUCUGAGCACGCUCGGCCUUCUGGGAUAUCUGCCAUUGAGGUUUGACUCGCCGCAACUACUGAACCACCAACCACCUGCAACACAAGAAGAGCAUUUUUAUAGCAACAUUUUUGUUUCGUUCUGAUUAUUCGUGGUAUUAAGCCACUCCAGACAGUUUGAAUGUGUUGAGGUUUCGUACCUGAGAGCAGUUCAGCACAGUUUACAUCUGCAGCGAGGUCGUUGUCUCUGUCGGCGGUGGAAAAAGGAAGACCGGAUUCUGCGGUUGUCAUGUUCUCCUGAGCCCCAGAUGAAGACGUCUGCUCCAGGUGGAGAGCAAACUUCUUCUCUUCUCCUUCAAGUUGGAAUCGAUAACGAGCCUCCCGCUGCUGCUGCUCUCCCGCCCAAUCAGAGAGCUCCACCUGCAGGACGUACUGGCCUUGUUUGGAGAGCGAGUGGAUGUUCUCCAAGCCCAACCAAAACUCGCCUGGAGGAGAAAUGUUGAGAUUAAUUUUACAUUUUCACUGAGGUUUAGUGAUAUUUUAAGAACUUCUUUGAGACAAGUUUCUUACCAUUCAGGUUGCCAAAGCCUUUCUUAUAGCUUUCCCACAGCUGGUUGAAGUUGUUGGAUCCAUCUUGACGUUUCUGGAUCACGGUCCAUCCACCUUCUGCAGAGAGAGAGAAAAGAUUGAGCUAAAGAGGCUUAGCACACAAAAAUACUUCACUUUGUAUUGUAUUGACGCUGUAGUGGAAAUAGAAAAAUGUAAAAGCUGUUUAAAUUUCUUAGGGAUCAUGUAUCGCUGUGCAACCUUUUGAACUAAAAUUUCUCCUCUUAGUGGGGAAACUCUGGAGUGUUUUUUUGAGACUGCUUUAUGAUUCUCACCUGAAGUCAUUUCACAGAGGACGUUGAAGGGCCGGGAGCUCUGUGGUUGGAUUUUGUAGAUGCCGCUGGCUCGCUGGCCUCGUACAAACAGAUCGUGACAGUCUCUGGCCAAACCUGAGGAAAAACCAGAAGACAGAAAACCGAUCAGAUGAUUGAGGUGUUCGUUCAGGCUGAGGCAUCAGAGCCAGUCUGUUGGGCUCAGGUUUGAUUUUGGACAUUCAAAUCAGUAAAUCUGUAAAACGUUGUUGAUGAAUCUGGCUUUCCGUGUCCUACAAACAUACAGUACAGGUGUGUUUAACAGCUGCUGUCCUCUUUUUCUCCUGAUCUUUGGACUCGAUGUGAACUGCUCUGUCAGCGACUCAAGUGUUAUAAAUUCAGGUGCAAAGGUGAUGUUUGUUGUUGUUCUUAUGUGACUUCAGGAUAAAUGAAUAGCUCCUGUGUUCUCUUUCUGCAAAUGGUUGCAAACUGAAAAGCGUUUGCUGAACUGCUGGUUAAAGUCUUUUCAGUAUCCUCCCUCAUUCCAUUUUUUUCUUUCCCCUCAGAGCGACUUUGUCUCCAUCACUUUCUUACCUGAUGCGUCUCUGCUCAGCUCUUCUGUCUCUCCCCUCAGUGCCGUCUCUUCAUCUCUCCGUCGGUGUGAUUUGACUCUCUUGUGUGCAACCUGGGAGGAUCACAGAGCAGGGUAAAGAAACCAUAAUUAACCACUGACAAUCAUCUUGUUAAUUCUUUUGGUUUGAGGGAUCAUCCUGCAGCUGAAAAGUCACAGUUUUGUUCUCUCUCCCUGGCUUAAACCCUACGAGGCUCACCUUGGUUUGCAGUGUUUGCAGGUGCAGACUCUGCUUCUCCAAUUUGUCUUGUUGCUGCUUGAUUUUCUCCACCAGCUGGUCAAUGCGUCUGUUCUGAGCCGCUACCAGUCUCUGGAAAAAUACAAUGUCUGGUCAGCUUCACAGCGUCAUUGUGUUUUCAGGGGUACAGCUUUGUUUCAAAUAACAUCCGACAUGGAGGUAUUUCGAUGGGAAACAAGUUCACAUACUACUGUAGGAUUGUGUUUUGUAACUAGCACUAGUGGAUUUUGUUUUCAGAAAUGCUCCUAUUUAUUGUUCCUCACCUGGAUAAAUGAGACUCCUGUGCGAUCGCUGUUGUUGCUGACCAGUGUCGGCUCUUUGAGAACCUCAUCCACCUUCUCCUCCAGUCUGUCCAUCCUGGUGUGGAUGUCCUCGCUCU